UUUAAAUUAUAUUCUGGAUUUAACAGGGAGCCAAUGAAGGGAAGCUAAAAUAGGAGAAAUAUGAUCUCUCUUUUUAAUUUUCAUCAGAAGUCUUGCUGCAGCAUUUUGAAUCAGCUGAAGGCUUUUAGCUGCGUUUGUGGACAUCCUGGAUGCCCUUAGAUGUCCUGAAGCUUCUUCACCACAGCUGCAUCUUUCACCUUGAAGUUCUUGAUCCAAAAACCUUUUGUUUCAGCUGCAGUAUUCUUUGUGUGUGUGAGGCUGGUUAGACAUGACACCACAAAAAGUAAGGCUCCAAAGCUUUCAAAACAUGUUUUUACCUAAUCCGGAAAAAGAGAAAACUCUUUUUCCAGAAUUGGGAAUAAAUAUCGUGUAUUUGUUUUAAAAUGCCAGCAGCAUGUCAUCUUUCUCUGGCUCUGCUUCUACUCACUUCCAUCCAAGAUAUGCACGCAGUUUGCUUUGAGGCACUUCUUGUGGCCAACAAACUGCAGAAAGCUGUGGUAACACGAUGCCAGCCAAAGAACCACCAGAUUUGCCUCUGCAGGUGACAGGACCCUGGAGGAGCCUGUGGGUCCGGCUCAGCUACGACCCCAGAAAGAACGCAGAGUCCAAGAAAUACCAGUUGCUGGAUUUUAGGAUCCGGGUGAGCUCUAAGCACGGCUACACGCUACCCAACAUACCGGUGAAGGCCAAGAGGAGCACCCUCAGCUACAGUCUGCCAACCAUGUUCAACAAAACUGUUCCUCCUGCUGCUAGUCUGAUGGAUAUUCCCACACCAGAGGCUCCUGGCACCAGUCGCGACCCUGCUCCAAUCUCGCACCAGCUGAAGGAGUCUGCUUACAUCUUCAGAGAAGGAAUGCUGCCACCACACAGACAAAUGUUCUACCAGCUGUGUGAUUUGGAUGUGGACAGUAUCAAAGAGGUGGUAAAUCAGAACACCAAUGAGGAGCAGAAGUGUGACGAGCGUGACGGCUGGUGUGUCGUUGGCACCACGGACAAGCUGAGGGACAUCAUCUCUACCAUGAUUAAGAGGGUGGUCAGGGUGCAGAAAUCAGAAUUGCCAAAAAGGUUACCCAAAAGACAACGGAAAGGGCAUUUGAUGUGGAUGGAGAAAGAUGUAGACCCAGAGGAUGAGGAGGAGGAGGAGGAGGAGUGUGAGAACAAAGAAGAUGAAGAGGGAAAUGAGGAAGAGGAAUUUCAGCCAUCUGAGGGAAGUGAAAAUGAGAUGGAGACAGAAAUCCUGGACUAUAUGUGACAAGAUUAUCAAUUAUUUGUCCAUUUAUGUAAAAUAUGUUUUUGUUGAAUGUAAAUAAAGGAAUGAAAUACUUUCUAAA